ACUAAAGAAGGAAACAAACAUCCAUCCAGAAGGAACGGGAGACUGAGAGAGAAAGAGAGAGAGGUAGGAGGGCGAGGAAGGGAGCAUUAAACCCACCUAGACCUGUCUGACACGAAGGACAACGCCACAUAGACACAGAUAGAGAGAGAGAAAGGACGGCACCGGGACCUGAACACAACCUCGACCUAUUUUUUUCUUCCGCCAGGGACAAAACGACCACUUUUUUUUCCUGUCGUCUCGCGAGACACUUCAUCGUUUUUUAGCAGGUGAUGAUCUUGGAUUAUUGCUUUUUUUCUUAAGGAUGAAUUUUGAUGGGAGCUCAGCUUGUGGAGAAAUGGCCCAAGAAACGAACCAGAGCCCGGUGCUUUGUGCCACAGGCUGCGGUUUCUAUGGCAACCCAAGAACCAAUGGUAUGUGCUCCGUAUGCUACAAGGAUCACCUGACACGGCAGCAGAGCAGCGACCGCAUGAGCCCCCUUAGCCCUAUGGGCUCAGCUGGUAGUCCUUCCUCAGGGGCCUCAGCCAUCCAGAGACUAGAAGCCAGUCUAGCCAAGGUUGAUGCCUCCCCUGCCUCUUCACCAGACAGGUCUAGAAAUGUUCAAGGAUCCCUUCCUGUGACCCAACAAAUGACGGAGAUGAGCAUCUCGAGAGAGGACAAGCCAGAACCCUUAGAGCCUGUUGUAAACCAGCCUGCUGCUUCUAGCCCUUCGCCUGUAGCUUCUUCCAGCAGUGAAGAAGGCCAGGGUGACACCCCAAAACCCAAGAAGAAUAGGUGCUUCAUGUGCCGCAAAAGGGUGGGCCUUACAGGAUUUGACUGUCGCUGUGGCAACCUGUUCUGUGGCAUCCACCGGUACUCGGACAAGCACAACUGCCCCUACGAUUACAAGGCCGAGGCUGCCGCAAAGAUCCGUAAAGAGAACCCUGUGGUGGUGGCCGACAAGAUCCAGAGAAUAUAGAUUUUACAAAACAGCAGCAGCAAAAAAUGACAACACCUUUGACAAAGACUGGAGAAUGAGUGUGAACCUUUUGAAAGGAGCACUGGCAUGAGUGAGGAUCGAAAGGACUUGAUAUACAAAAUAACAACCUCAAGAAAAUGAUUGGGAAAAAAAGAAGAAAAAAUGAAAAGAUCCUGUCUGAGGGAGAUGCAUGAAUGAUCACUUUCCUCUAUUUUUUUUUUUUUGAUUAAUUCAUUAGUUUGUUUUAACCUAAUUUCUGUGGUGUGAAUUUGCCGCUGUUCAGUCCUCUCUUUUUUUUUUUUUUUUUUAAGAAUAUGUAUUGUCUUAUUAAGAACAGCCCAUGCUAACUGUCCAUGAUAUGCUGUGCUCCUCUCACCCAAACCAGGCGCCAUUUUGUGCCAAACCGUAAACCGCCAUUUUACUAAGACCCUGUCAUGUGUCAGACACUAGCAUGUCUUUCAAAGCACCCAGACUACACAUUAACAGUCCACACAAGUUGUGUCCCUCAACCUUUGAGCUUCUUGUUCUGUGCUCCGUUGGUACUGGAGUCAGUCAACGUUUGGAGAACCGUACAACUGUCCCCCACCAUGCACAAGGGGCUUUGUUACUUUGUCUCUGUCUUUCCUAGCUUUACCUACCUCACAGCUGCUGUGUUAAGCUUUGUUGUCUUCCCUUUUACUUUGUUUUCAUCGGCUUUGACCCCAGCAGAACCAUGGAUCAUCUUGAUAGUCAGCCUCAGUGACCCUCUGAUCAGCAUGUCUGUGUUGACUUUGAUUGGUUUGAUUGUGAUGAGGCUGUUUCCAUUAUGGCUAGAGGUAUCAUGCUAGACAGGGACAAACAAAUUACUCCAAGUUUCACUGAAUCUAAAAUUUUUCAAUGGACAUGAUGGGUUAAGGAGUUCCCCAACUGGUCUGAGCUCAUAUUGUAAUCAUAGACGCCUGGUGCAGGGCUGUGUGUACUGAUGUGUGGCCUGAGAGGAAGACUGGCACCCUUCCCUUGCAGUGGGUUUUAACAACAAUAUUGUAGGAGCAUGAAUGAAUGGGAUAAAAGCGUGAGUUACUCUUCAUCUACAUUAGUGUUUCAGAAAUAUUAGGGAUCACUCAACCUAGGGGUUCAGACAUUUUAUUUGCUGAGAGACAAUUAUCUGUUAUGUUUUAUUAGCUUUUUUCCUCUUCCAUUGAUAUUGUACUGAUGUUAGCGCAUGCAUUCAGUUCAUUUGUGGAAUUAGGGUAUGUGAACCAUGAUUUUUUUUUUUUUUUUUUUUUUUUUUUUUUU